UGUAUAGCAUCUUAGAAUGAUAUUGGCGAUUUUACUAGGUAAUACCUACCGAUGAUACGAUGUCCUUCAGUAUACACCUACGAUAUGGCUAUUGUCCUUAUUCAUGAUGCGACAGCCUUCAAGUAGACGUCUAAGUUAAGAGAUCCCUACUAGGUACGCAACGACGUUUCGCCAUCACGACAACGUUGACUUUGUAGAAGACAGUUGAAUGCGAAAUGCUUGACAAUGCAUUUUCAUCUAUGACCAUGACUGCUAAAUUUUGAUCGUUGAGAAGUCUUUUUGGAAACGGGUUUAAUAGUGAUACGUCAGAAUGGUGAGGUGGGUUGAAUACUCAAAUAGGGAAGUAAACAGAAACUAAAACCUUGGAAGAGACCCGUCCGUAACGCGGGACUAAGAGGCACAGCAAGUCCAAGUCCUUUGCUUUGCUGAUCAUGAUCAUGAUUCUUAUUUUUCAAUCACAACUUUUUGAAUAUCAUACCUAAAAUAUCUAACCUACAUACAUACCGGUAACACACAACACCCAACUAUCGCUAGGUAAAACAUGUCAGUCACAUUCGACAACAUCCUCAACUUCCGAGACGUCGGAAAGACGGUGAACGACUAUCUUGGCCAAAAGUUACUUCAGGAAGGCGUGUUAUAUCGUUCUGCGCGUCCAGACGAUGCCUCCGCGGCAGACCGGCAGAAGCUGAGAGAUGAGCUGGGCAUCAAGACAGUGCUGGAUCUGCGGACCAAAACAGAGCACCUGCACCAAGCGCAGAAGCGAGGCCUCACCGCCAAUGCCGCCGACUCGCCCGUCCAGAUCCCCGACUUGCGGUACCGCGAGGUGAUCGUGACGGGGCGGCGCUUCGAGCGGCGCCUGCUGCGCCAGCUGUCCUGGUGGAACUACAUCAAACUCCUCGUCCUAUUCUUCCUCGGCUACCGCAUCCAAGCCACCAGCCUGAUGGGCCGCGCCGUCAUGCAGCCGAUGGGAUUACUCGGCAUGGCCUUGGUCGCUAUAGAUGAAUCCGGCGCCGAAGUCGCCGAGGCCCUCCGCACCACCCUCCCCCCCUCCUACCCCCCCGCGACCCUCGUGCACUGCACGCACGGCAAAGACCGGACCGGCAUAAUCAUCGCCCUGAUCCUCCUGGCCCUCGGCGUGCCCACGAGCGCCAUCGCGUACGACUACCAGCUCUCGCAGGCCGGGCUGGACGCCGAGCGGCCGCUGCGCGUGCGCGAGUAUCGCGAGAUCGGGCUGCCCGACCACUGGGCCGACACCGUGCCGGGUUUUGCGGCGAAGCUGGAGAAGCACCUUGACGAUAGGUAUGGUGGUAUUGUGGGGUACCUGGAUAGCAUAGGGUUUGGGGCUGAUGAGCGGCAGAGGUUGGUAGAGACCUUGGGUGCGUAGGGGCGUAGGGAGUCUUCGUUGGGACAUGUCAAGUACGGCAUACCUACUAACUGGCUACUUAUUGUAUUACUUUUAUCAUAUCAUACAUAGCAAGCCUACCAGGUAGAUUAGAAUACGUCACAGCAUCACAUUCUAGCAGAGAUUCAAGCAUGGCAAAGAUCA